AUGGUUUUCCAGGCUGAGAUGAUGCUGCCGCUGGGAAUCCAGCAUCUGCUUGCACGACUUGAGGGAAGAACUUCUCUGAAAGAUCUUGAACCAUAUCUGUUUGCUGAGGAAGGAUUUCCUGUUCAUGGAGAUGUCAUUGAAUUCCACGGUCCAGAAGGAGCAGGAAAAACAGAAAUGCUUUAUCACCUUGUAGCCCGCUGCAUCCUUCCAAAGUCAGGAGGAGGACUGGAAGUGGGAGUCAUGUUCAUCGAUACAGACUAUCAUUUUGAUAUGCUCCGUCUAGUCACCAUUCUUGAACACAGAUUGGCGCAGAGCACGGAAGAAAUGAUAAAACAGUGCCUGGGGAGGCUUUUUCUUGUUAACUGUAGUAGCAGCACCCAGUUACUCCUCACUCUUUACUCUUUAGAAAACAUGUUUUGCACUCACCCCUCUCUCUGCCUCUUGGUUUUGGACAGCAUAUCGGCUUUUUACUGGAUAGACAGAAGCAACGGAGGGGAGAGUUUGAACUUGCAGGAGAUGAAUCUGAAGAAAUGUGCUGAAAUUCUUGAAAAGCUCCUAAGAGAGUAUCACCUAACCCUGUUUGCAACUACACAAACCAUCAUGCAGAAAUCUACAAACUCUGCAGAACACUCGUUUUCUCCAAAACCUCUACAUGAAACAGAUGCAGACUAUAGGCCUUACCUUUGUAAAUCAUGGCAGCAAAUGGUAACCCACAGGAUAUUCUUUUCUAAGCAAUCUAACUCUGGCAACAGCAAGGCUUUCUCAGUCAUUUCUUGUGAUAUCAAGAAAAAGCAUGUAGUAAAGCGGUCAUUUACUAUUGCAGAAUGUGGAGUUCAGUUUUAA